AUGUCUGAUGUUCGCUGUUGGUCCAAAGAAUUCUUAACAGAUUUCUUAAACAUUUAUAAGUCUUUUUCCUGCCUUUGGAAAAGUAAAUCAAAAGAUUAUAGCAACAAACAUCUACGCAAUGAUGCAUACGAUGAGAUGGUUAAUUUUUGCAAGCCCAGUUUUCCAGAAGCCAAUAGGGAAUUUGUUGUCAAAAAAAUACAAAGCUUACGUGGAUCAUUCAGAAAAGAAAUGAAAAAAGUGAUGGAAAGCCAACGUAGUGGUUCUUCUAAGGAUGAUAUUUAUGUACCUACACUGUGGUAUUAUGAUUUAUUAUUAUUCACUAAAGACCAAGAAAUACCCACGGACAGUAUUUCAAAUUUGGGUGAAAAUGAAUGUCCUGUGAUGAAUGAACCGAUGGUUGAUGAUGAUGAAUCAAAUGAUAUAACUGACAACACAGAACCAAUUAAUUCAAUUGUACCUGAGGAUCAACCACAAAACACGGUAAUAUUCUAUUCAUAUUUAAAUUUCAUUAUUUAA